AUUCAAAUCACUUGCCUAAACCAGCGGUUUGAAUUUGACUGCGAUCCAGUAACUUCCAAUGGGCGAACAAACCCACGUCGAUUCUUAACUUUGUUAUCAAGGGUUUCUAGAAUCAAUCAAAUUCAAACCCAUUGGUUACAGUCGCUAUCACACUCGCAUCCAAUUCCCACGAACUUGGAGCAAAAUACAUCCACCUCUGACUUUAUUACGUGUCUAUUUCUCUUGCAUUUGCAACUCCAAACGUGGUCGUUCUUCCAUCAAGAGAUUUUUCCCCUUUUCUCACCUUAAACCCCUGUUUCUUCAGCCGCUUUUUCCCCAUAUUUUUAAUCAUAAACCCUAAAAAAGCUGUGAUCUUUGGGAGUUUUAUAGAAUCUUGGAUAUGGGUUUUGUUUGAAAAACGGAAAUGAGUGAUUUUAGAACCAAAUUGGGGGUUGAUGGAGGUGGGUUUUAUUAUUAUGGAAUAUGUGCUGCUGGUGGGAUGUUUAGUGCUGGUGCUACCCAUCUUGCCGUCACUCCUCUUGAUGUGUUGAAAGUUAAUAUGCAGGUGAAUCCAAUCAAGUUUCACAGUAUUGCGUCUGGUUUAAACAUUCUUUGGAAAGAAGAAGGCCCAUCUUCUUUGUGGAGAGGUUGGUCCGGAAAGUUAUUCGGAUAUGGCGUUCAAGGUGGACUCAAGUUUGGUCUCUACGAAUUCUUCAAAAGCCGAUACACAAAUACGCUGGUAGAUCAAAAGCAGAGUGUCGUAUUCUUCCUCAGUAGCGCAUCCGCUCAAGUAUUCGCUGACGUGGCUCUUUGUCCGUUCGAAGCUGUGAAAGUUCGCGUACAAACGCAGCCCAAUUUUGCAAAAGGUUUGUCCGAUGGCUUCCCAAAACUAUAUGCACGAGAAGGAAUAUCAGGGUUUUACAAAGGACUCCUUCCACUUUGGGGGCGUAAUCUUCCAUUUUCGAUGAUCAUGUUUACAACGUUUGAGCAUUCAGCUGAUUUUAUCUACCGAAAAUUUCUUCAAAGAAGAAAAGAAGAAUGUUCAAGGACUCAACAGCUAGGAGUGACGUGCGUAGCAGGUUAUACAGCUGGCACUGUGGGUACCAUAGCUUCAAAUCCAGCGGAUAAUAUAGUUUCGUCUUUAUAUAACAAAAAGGCCAACACAGUGCUACAGGCUGCAAGGAACAUUGGGCUGGUAAAUUUGUUCACAAGAAGUCUUCCAAUACGCGUUGCAAUCGUGGGCCCUGUCUUGACGCUGCAAUGGUUUUUUUAUGAUUCCAUUAAAGUGCUUAAUGGGCUGCCUACGAGUGGAGGACACAUUAGAGGUGUAGAAAGUGGUGCAUGAAGCAAGCUAUAACUGUUAAUAAGGAGAUACCGGUUGUAUUUCAUAUCAAGAUUUUAUCUCUGAUGCCACGAUUUGAUGGGCGCGUUUUAUUGAUUAAACAACAAUUUGCAUUGAAAAUGAUAUAGCAGCAUGUAGUUGAGAUGAUUAGAUAUAGAGAAAGCAAAAGGGUUUACUUUAUCUGGAUAUAGAAAAUGAUAAUAUCUUUCAUCUGUUUUGAGAUGAUUUUGGUGUAAACUUGAGAAUCAUUGCUUAAUUGGUGGUGCUCAUCAGUAUCUACAUAUUACACGAUUCA